UGCUCCCUGCGCUAUGUGCGCAUUGUCUCCUGUCAUCUGGGCACAGCAACCUGGCGAGGGCAGGGGAACUACUUUCUGUCAUCACCACAAACUCUGAAAGGUGAUCGUAUCAAAACAUGGGGAACAGAGACGACGAGUACGACUUCUUGUUCAAAGUCGUUCUAAUCGGAGACUCUGGAGUGGGGAAGAGUAACCUGCUGUCCCGCUUCACCAGAAAUGAGUUCAACCUGGAGAGCAAGAGCACCAUCGGGGUGGAGUUCGCCACCCGCAGCAUCCAGGUGGACGGCAAGACCAUCAAGGCUCAGAUCUGGGACACGGCGGGACAGGAACGCUACAGAGCCAUCACCUCCGCGUAUUACCGGGGUGCAGUUGGCGCUCUCCUAGUUUAUGACAUCGCCAAACACCUGACCUAUGAGAACAUGGAGCGCUGGCUGAAGGAGCUCAGGGACCACGCUGACAACAACAUCGUCAUCAUGCUGGUUGGAAACAAGAGUGACCUUCGUCACCUCAGGGCCGUGCCCACUGAUGAGGCUCGAGCUUUCGCAGAGAAGAACACCCUCUCGUUUAUCGAGACGUCGGCUCUGGACUCGACGAACGUAGAAGAAGCCUUCAAGAACAUUUUAACAGAAAUCUACCGCAUCGUGUCACAGAAGCAGAUCGCAGACAGAUCUGCACAUGAUGAGUCUCCGGGCAACAAUGUUGUUGACAUCAGCGUCCCCCCGACCACUGACGGCCAGAAGAACAAACUGCAGUGCUGCCAGAGCCUGUGACCAUGACGUCCAUGGCGUGAUCAUCCUCCACCUGUCCACUCCCGCCCCAAUAUCACCUGUGCACUUUUUGUUUGCCCUGUCCAUGGCCUGUCGCUCUCCUCUCUGCCUCCUGUCCCCGUCUGCUAACUGGACUCUUUCUGAACUCGCUCGUGCUCUUCUCACGCCCUGAAACCAAACUUCCAAAAGCCUCUACGUCACGUUGUCAUGGAGACAAGGUGAAGGAAUGAGGCGGCGCCGAUGAAGUCGUUUUGACACGAGCAGAACUGAAACUCCUGUCGUGCACAGGGAGGUUGUGAAGUACAUUUCAAAGGUGACCACUAGAUGGUGCUGUGUAAAUAAAGAACAGAGUGAAACAGCAUGAUGUGACAUCACAGACGUUCUCAUGCCAUCCUCCUCGUGUAUUUAUUGAACAAUAUUUGGCUUCAUUCGUCAUUGUUUUACUUCAGUUCAAGAACUGUAGAAAUACAUUUACAAUAAAAUGCUCAACAACA